AUGGCUGAAGUCGCUGGGCUCGCUCUUGGUGUACUAGGCCUCGCCGGUCUUAUUGGAGCUUUCAAGGAUACCAUCGACCUUUUUAAUACAGUUGUAGAUAUGCGUCAUAUGGGCCGUCAGUAUCAAGUCCUCGAUAUCAAGUUAGAUAUCGAAAAGACACUUCUGCUUCAGUGGGCAGACCGUAUGAAACUUCUCCAAAACGAUCACGACUCUCGACUCGAUGAGCGCAAUACCCAGACUCUCGUUCUGCGGAUUCUUGGUUCGAUUCGAUCGAUUCUGACGGACACAAAUCAGUUACAACAACGAUAUGGGUUGCGACUGGAAAAUGACACUGAGGCUCCGACCUUACCUCCCAUCUCGACCUCAAUGAGUCGUGGGCCGGAUUUAUCGGAGCUACCCUCGGAACUAUUCAGUGGAUCACUUCCGCUACAACAUUCUGGCUGGAGGUUCAGUCAGCAGCGGAUGAAGAGCUUUAUGAGACGGCUUGAGGCACUCCCAGUUCCGGUACAAGGUCAGGCGACUACAACAUCUGUUGCCCAAAAGACACGUUGGGUCAUCAGAGACAAGCAGAAAUUCGAGAUCCUCGUCCAGGAUCUCGCUGAGUUGACAGCCAAACUCGAUCAAGUGGUCCCCCCGUCAAGUUCCGAAACAGCUCGCUCAAUGAUCCAGAGUGAUAUCGAGCUCAUCAAGAAGGAUGUGAGAAAGCUUCUGUUGUUCCAGGAAGCGGCAGCAAACCAUGAAGCUAUCACUCAAUCAACCCAGCAGAAUCUCGAUAGAAUGCGCCAGACUCGUAUUUUGAGCACACUAUGGUUCAGGAUGAUAAACGAUAGGUCAGAGAGCAUCUCGAAGAAUCACCAAGACACCCUUCAAUGGGCAAUCGAAGGUUCAAACAACACCAAGUCCUGGCAUGAUCUCCCAUCUUGGCUUCUCAACGGCUCGGGUAUCUACUGGGUUUCUGGGAAAGCCGGGAGCGGCAAGUCAACCCUGAUGAAGUUUGUCUUUGGGCAUCAACGAACCACGUCGAUGUUAUCUCAAUGGGCUAACAGAGGCCGACUGCUCAUAUGUCAUUACUUCUUCUCCAACUUAGGAACAGAUCUCCAGAAGAGCCAGGCUGGACUCUCUCGGACAUUACUUUACCAGAUAUUGGAUCAAAACAGGUCACUGAUUCGAGAAGCACUUCCUAAUAUGUGGAAAGAAAUACUUGAACGAGAGUCUAGCCUGAGAGAUAAGGAUCUAGCCACCCAUGAUGAUAUCACUUUACCUUCGGUAGCCGAGACCCGGCAAGCAUUUGAAGUUAUCUCAGCAAAUAGUGACAGGAUAGGACACAUUUGCUUCUUCAUCGAUGGACUUGAUGAGCUUGUUGGAGAGUAUAGUGACAGCAUAGGCUUCAUCAACAAGCUGGCUCAGAACGAACAGUCCAAAGUCAUCGUCUCCAGUAGACCUAUUCCAUCCUGUGUCGCUGCCUUCCGAAAGCAUCCUCAUCUGAAGCUGCAAGACCUCACGCGACGCGACAUACAAGCAUAUGUUCAGUUCAAAGUUGGAGGCCAUCCGUCCAUGAAACGACAUAUGAGACGGUCUCCCGAAGAGUCAGCCUCUUUGAUGAACGAACUUGUUGAUAAGUCUUGUGGAGUCUGGCUCUGGAUAAUACUCGCUUGUCGAUCUAUAUGUGGAGGAUUCGACGAUCACGAUCGCCUUUCAGAAAUUCGUCGUCGCGUAGACGAACUCCCUCCAGAGCUCAAGGACAUGUUCAUGCAUAUGCUCAGCAAGAUUCACAGACGACAUCAAGAACAAGGAGCUCAGUUGCUGAAGAUCUGCUACGCAUAUCAAAAGACCAAGUCACCAUUCCUCCAGAAAGGGCUGUACGCGCUAGGCCUCGCACUAGUGGACGAUUAUAAUGCGGAACCUAUUUGCAUUCAGCCUCUUGACGACGAGGAAAAGCUGGAGAUCUGCGAAGAACUCGAAGGUCGGCUGAGAAGUCGCUGCUGGGGAUUACUGGAGUUUGCGACCUCCAGAACUGGAACUUCGGCAGGUGGCAUAACAGAAGCAAAAGUUGUCUUCAUGCACCGGACCGUCUUUGAAUUUCUGAGCGAUCAGAACUCAUGGAAGCUUGACUGUCUCCAGAUACACGACGCUGGUUUCGAGGCAUCUACAGCGUUGUCGCUGUAUGGUAUGCACAUGGCUGUCCAGAAGCUUUCUGAAAAUAAUGAAGUGGCGGCCAUGGAUAUAUUCGAGGAGGGCCUUUGGUGGGGAGCUGAAGCCGACAAGCAGAGACCUGAUAACACCAACAACUGCUUCUUCCAUCUUACGGCCUUUCUUUCGCUUCUAUCAGAAAGAAGACUCUCAUGCGUUACACUACAGAGACUUGCGCAGGCAGUACCUCUUGAUUCGUCUGACCCUCCAUCCAUGCAUAAUUCUCCGCCCAUCGCAUUACUUCUCGCUAUCGAAGCUGGUGCAAUGAACUUUGUCAAGAGCCAUCCUAGCUUUACAACAACAGGUCAUGAUUGUCAGCGUGGAUGUAAGCCCCUUCUAUACCAUGCCCUCAGGAAACAAUUUCUUAGUGGCAAAUUCAACGAUCAGCCAUCAGACUCACGUUUCAACUCCGCUCACAUGGUGGAGAUGCUCCUUCUAAGGGGCUGUGACGCUACCAAUUCCGUCUCAGUCAGUGGCUGGGAGACAAGUCUUUGGUCUUUGUGGUUGGAGGAGCUGACAAGGCUUACGGCCUAUGCUCUCAGCGAAGACGAAAAGGCUACGCUAGCUAAUAUCUCUGAGGUCUUUCGAACAUCAAACAAUGGUUCCAGGCCGAAAGGAUUUGAUGAUAUGAUCAUUGAUUGGCCUGGUGUUGCCCACUAGAGAAGGAUUAUUCCACCAGUUGUGGAGUUCUAGCAGAUUAGCACUGAGUAACUUCUU